GGUCGAGGGCAUUCUCGAUCACUGUGGGGGGAAAGUUGCGGCCCUUGAAGAAUUUGGACAUCUGGGAUGUGCGGGAGUGGAAUGUCUUGUGGGAGCAGAUGCGGCGGAGGCGGAGGAAUUGGGAAUAGGGGAUGAAAUUUUUCUAUGUCGGGUCUUUAAAAUUACACCCCGAUUCUGGGAUUAAGUAUGUUUGUAAAUCAGAUGUUCGUACAUUGACACGAUGGUUGUGGAGUGUAUGCUCCUUCUUCUGUUAAUGUUUAAAAAUUGGAAUUUCCCUUUUUAAACAGGGGAAUUUUUUGUUUUCUUUGAGGGGGCUGAGUGUUUUUGGAACUCUUCCUGAAAAGGUUCUGGGAGUACGAGGAUUUUGCAAACAGAAACAAUCGUCUGAUGGAGCGUCUCUCGACCGGAAAUGUUAACGAGGAUUUCUCUGCACAAAUGCUGCCUGCCAGAGUCGCUGAACUUUUCCAGUAACUUCUGUUUUUGUUUCUAAUUUAUAAGAUCUGCAGUUCUUUCGUACUACCAGGACUGAGCCAAAUUUUAUUUAAGGUUGCAAUCAGUUCAGCCAUUAUCUUACUGAAUGUCCUCCUCCUACUCGUUAUUGUUGGUUUGUGAACUCGUCUUUUUGACUCAGUGAAUUUAAAAUGAAGAAUUGUUCCGGCUUCUUUGUUAAAAAAUGUAACUAUUCAUUAUUGUGCCACAGUCGCACUCGCUCUCGGACUGUAUUGCACACAACAUCCGCUUUUGUGCUCCUAAGAUGCUGCUUGGCCUGCAGUGUUCAUCCAGCUUCACACUUUCUUGUCCGCUCCGUACUAUCCGUGUUGACCAUUAUGACCGUUGUUCGAGUUCGUCGUCGUAAUCACUGCGUGUUCUGUCCCGAGAGCGCUCGCGAUCGUUGUCAUAGAAACAGUACCGGCGUCUUGAAUCACAGUGGCUGGAGGUGGAGAAGAAAGUAAUAGUUACUGCUCAGCUCCUGAAACCUCUUCUCCCGACCUUCCUCACACUGAGCUAACUCUUGUUUCUUUCGACCGGGACCGGUAUUCAAUAGUGACGGAAUUUUCUGGCUAUCCAACUAUAAAGUUAAAAUGUCUGUAGUUGAAAAGCAAUGUUCAACUGAUACACAAGCCAAAAUGCAGGAACAGCUGCAAAAUUGCAAUUUGCCACCCAAUAGGCAAUUUCAGAGACCCACGGCACGGGUACCAACAAAGAGAGAACGAUUAGCAGAAGCAAAGCGCUUAGAAGCAUGGAGUAAAAAUUUGAAACUCUCUAAACAGGACAUUAACCUUUACAGAAAUUCGCACAAACACAACAUCUGUUUAGACAUGCUUCGGCAGGGUUAUCAUAAGUCCUUUUCAGAACUCACUACUCUGAUCCUGAACUGGAAUGCUGUAAGGGAGGCUGCAGGACCUGGGUCAGACAUAUGGAUGGAGGAACCUCUGGACAAGCAACAUGAUAAGCUGGAUCAUCUUCAGUAUUUCCUGAUCAGGGCGGAGGCAGCUCAAAGAGGAGGGAAGUUUGAAGAAGUCUAUAAUAACCAACUUGCACUGGCAUGUUACUUUAAAACAGUUGGGGACAAGUUGCUUUCUGAUCAUUUCUUCCAAUCAUGCCUCACUACUGCUGAAAUGCUUACCCCAGCGGGGCAUCAGAAAAUGGCUGAAGCACAUGCUAACAUGGGCACGGCCUAUGAAGAGAAAGGUCAACUAGAUAAAGCUGCUGAACAUUAUGAGAUAUUCCAUCAACUUACAGUGGGAAAGACAUGGUGUGAUGAAAAUGGUUGCUGCCACUUCGCACAGGCCUGUGCAAACCUCUGGAGGAUUUACACAUUGCUAGCAGAUGAACAACUUGAAAGUGAACAAUAUAAAGAGGCAAACAAAAGUCUGAGAAAAGCUUACGAUAUAGCAAAAGAAGGGGGCGAUAAGAAGAUGGAAUUAGCAGCUCUGUAUCGUGUGGCUUUAGGGUACCUUAGUGCUGGAGAGCCAGACACAGCUAUUGGUUUCUUGCAAAUUUAUUUGGAGCUUUCGAAUUCCAUGGAUGAUGAUAUUAGUUUAGGCAAAACCUAUGAAGCUCUCGCUAAGGCCUUGAUAAGUACUGGACAUUCUGCUGAAGCGCUUGAAUAUCUGAAACAGUUUCUGGCCCUGGCAGAGAAAAUUGAUGACAAACAAAGUCUUGUGGAUGCUUGCAGAUUCCUUGGAAUUAUGUACAAUAACCUGGGCCAAUAUGAUGUAGCUUGCAAGUAUAUUUGGCGAGGGUAUGAGAUUGCCAUGACUUUAGGUGAUCUGCACCUACUGGAGACCAUGCAGGUCAAUUUCGGCAUCUUCAAAGCUCAUGCAAUGAUGACCAUAUAUUGUCACCACGUAGAAGCUGCUGGACACACCAAUCUUGAACGUCUGGUUACAUGGAAGGACAGUAGAAAAGACACAUUUAAUGACCCCAUUACAGAAGACAUUGCAACAGUCAAGCAAGUUGCCAUAGAACCAACUGCUGAAGCGAAGAUAAGUGCUGAUGAAAAUUGAUCUUAACUAAAGCAAAAGCUGCAAAAGCUAAAAAACGAGCUCAUAUUCUUCCCAGUAGCAACUCUUUCAUCAGACGGAAUUCAUUUGGUAUCAGUUAACAGAAUAAUAGGGAAAUCAAUCAACCAUAAGGAAUCUUGUUUUUACCAAUAAGGUAUGUUCCUAAUGAUGCAUUUGGCCAAUUAUGCUUUGUAUUCUUAAGUAUUUACAAGUGACACUGACUGAUCCAGGAUUUACUGAGCUAACAUUGCUUAGAUGAUAGCUUUCGAUUAAUAAGGUAUAUUUUCUAAAAUACUUGCUUUAUUGUUGAAAAUAUUUUUUACCCAAAACAGCAAUCUUUAAAGUCUUUCAUACUGGAAUCAUAGAUGAAAUAUCAUGCAAGAUUGUUAACACAUUGCUCAAAAAUAAUUUUGUGACAUUUUACACAUGGAGAAGCUUAGUUUUAAUAGAUAAAAUUAUUGAAUACACAGCCAAAAAAUAAGUUGGCAUUGUUCAUUUAAGAAUGUGUAUUUCUUUAGUUAUUUUUCAGUCAAAGAAUUACAUGUAUUUAACUCUAUAGCAAUAAGUUGCAUGUAGCUGUCUCUCUAUAUGUAAUGAUGCAGAUAUGCUGUUAAAAUAUCCAUUUUCAAAUCAGCUCAUAUUUUGAA